AUGUGGAACUUUUUAAUAGACAUAAAGAACGCGGCUCGGCGCACGGUUGCCCCAACGCGAGACGAGCUCGCCGCUGCACCUGAACAGAAACAGCAACGAAGUGCAGCAAUGAGCUCGGGGUUUUCCCUCCUCGAGGAGCACGUCGUCGGUUGGAUGAACAAACUCACAUCAUCCCCUGUUGUACUCGACUCUGGCGCUGGCAGUGCCGAACUGGCUGGCGAAUAUGAAAAACCGCCACCACUUUUAUGUCUUGCGGAAGAAAAGCGUACAUCUCUGGAACCAGAAGAAUUGUUUCGAUACAUUACGGAGUCUGUCAGUCUUAUAACUCUCACUUCCAAACGUAUCCACGGAGAGGCGCAGUUCCUCCUUCAAUUAAGCCUAGAGGAAAAAAUAACGCAUACAAGUGACUUUCUCAGCGUCUACACCUGGUGGGAAGAUGCCGUGGAUCAGCGUCUCCGCAAGUGUGAAUUGAUCUUCGAGGAGUACAAAGUGCAACCUGGGUUGAUAAAUGUAGAGAACAUCGUUCAUCUUCAACAGCGCAUAAACAGCAUUUGGGAAACAUGUACAGCGGAUAUGGGAACUGUAAAAAAGAUUGGAACGCUGUUGAGAGAGGAAAAGUACGACCUUAUUAACCAAGUGGGCAACGACAUCCCUAGCGAGUUCGCACAUCAGCACGACCAGAAUAACGAUAAGACCGCGAAGCAUCGCAUUAUAGGAUCAGAGGCUCAACCCACAGGAAACAAAAACAGUAGCUUGCUACACGCUCAAUGCACACAGGAAAGCAGAGUUCACACAGGAGAAUACGUACAAAAUGAAUGCACAAAUAAAAUAAGCACCAGCAGCGGCAAACUCCAUCCUCGAAUUAACGAAAGUGACACACCUGCUAAGAAAGGGAAAAUGAGACAACACGAUGGUAAAGAGCAUCUUAUUAGGAUUUGCAAGACGUCAGAUAACUCCGAGGAAGAGACACACCUGAGAGCUGAAGAGGAAGCACGUCUGAGAGCUGAAGAGGAAGCACGUCUGAGAGCUGAAGAGGAAGCACGUCUCAGAGCUGAGGAGGAAGCACGUCUCAGAGCUGAAGAGGAAGCACGUCUGAGAGCUGAAGAGGAAGCACGUCUGAGAGCUGAAGAGGAAGCACGUCUGAGAGCUGAAGAGGAAGCACGUCUGAGAGCUGAAGAGGAAGCACGUCUGAGAGCUGAGGAGGAAGCACGUCUCAGAGCUGAAGAGGAAGCACGUCUCAGAGCUGAAGAGGAAGCACGUCUGAGAGCUGAAGAGGAAGCACGUCUCAGAGCUGAAGAGGAAGCACGUCUCAGAGCUGAGGAGGAAGCACGUCUGAGAGCUGAAGAGGAAGCACGUCUCAGAGCUGAAGAGGAAGCACGUCUGAGAGCUGAAGAGGAAGCACGUCUGAGAGCUGAAGAGGAAGCACGUCUCAGAGCUGAAGAGGAAGCACGUCUCAGAGCUGAAGAGGAAGCACGUCUCAGAGCUGAGGAGGAAGCACGUCUGAGAGCUGAAGAGGAAGCACGUCUGAGAGCUGAAGAGGAAGCACGUCUCAGAGCUGAGGAGGAAGCACGUCUCAGAGCUGAAGAGGAAGCACGUCUGAGAGCUGAAGAGGAAGCACGUCUGAGAGCUGAAGAGGAAGCACGUCUGAGAGCUGAAGAGGAAGCACGUCUGAGAGCUGAAGAGGAAGCACGUCUGAGAGCUGAAGAGGAAGCACGUCUGAGAGCUGAAGAGGAAGCACGUCUCAGAGCUGAGGAGGAAGCACGUCUGAGAGCUGAGGAGGAAGCACGUCUCAGAGCUGAAGAGGAAGCACGUCUCAGAGCUGAGGAGGAAGCAUGCUGUGGGCACUCACCCCAUUUUUCUAAGCUUUUUGCGGUUCUUGAGCAUGAGGAAGGAGUUUGUAGGAGCAUCGUUUGCCGGAAGCAAGCAGAUGAAUAUCUUACUGUCUACCAAAAGUAUAUAGUUUCUACCUCAGUUAGUUUCGUUGAUGAAGACGAGAGUGACCACUCCGAAAAUCCUAGUAUUGUUGCUCGCUUGGAGAGUGUAGCUGCUCCUUCUGAUAGGCAGGAUGCGGGCUCUGUUGUUGGUAAAUCACGCAUUGUGAAAGCCAAGGCAGAUAUACUAGUUGAUGAUGAGGGGGAGGAGUGGGAUGACUGGUAG